CUUGAAGUCAGAAUCCAGCUGGGGUUUGAGUUGGCUGCAGCGCGAGCUAGCAAUGAGGCCCGAAUGCAAACAAAUAUAUCCAGUGGUCCUGGUAGAUUGCCUGCGCCAUAGAAAUCUAUGGUUCGAAAUUUGCAACCCUGAGUUCUAGACGCUCCUCUUAGCAUCUACAGAAACGCUGGUGCUGUUGCCUUUUGUGUUGUUCCAAGAAAACAGCUCAGCACGGCUUCUUCUCAUCUACACAUCCCGUGCCGGGGCACGCAAUUGUGUCCUGGCCAGAGGAAGUUCAAAGUCACUCCGAAGCAUCUGAUCAGGAGCGCGUCGUUAGCAGCUCGCCCUGUGCAUAUCAGCGCGUUUUCAAUGGGCCCGUCUGGACCAUUCUUGUUUCCACUGUGGAAGCCCGCCAUAGAAAAAGUCAGAGAGAUCCUAGAAUCGCUCCGGGACGACAACUUCUCAUAUGAUGCGGACCUGGUCGGUACCACCAGGGGGGGUGUUGAUGCCGUAGAACCCCUGCGAAAGAAGCGCUUUCAAAUCGACCACAAUCAAGUAUGCAUUGGGUCAGGAGAGGCGGCCUUCCAGCGCGCCAAAAAGGCGGUGCGGGAUUGGAGGCACUUCCAACUAGGGUGGGCCACUGUAGACCCCGACACCCCCAUCCGGGAGCGCGAGCGCGUGGCGGUGGUCGCUCGGUCGUUCGGCCUCGUGUGGACGCUUAACCCGCUGCAGAUAUUGUACGUGGAUGACGGCACAGAUUCGCCGUCUACUUCGAGCACUCGGGAAGAGAGCUCGACCAACGAGAAGAGAAACGGAGGAAGUCGUUCUGGGGGUAGAAAAGCUCGGGCGAAAGUAGGCCCCGGGGCCGUUGAGCGGGAAGAAGGGUUGUCUGGGGGAGUCUCGACGAAGGCGCGGUUUGCGUAUGGGCACGGGACGUUGAAGGGCCACCUAUUGUCAGGGGAGGAACGCUUCCUCGUAGAAUGGCGGGAUGACGACAGCGUUUGGUACGACAUCCUGGCCUUUUCCCGUCCGGGCCACUUCCUUGCGGCGGCGACUUAUCCUGCAGCCAGGUUCUAUCAGCGACAGUUCGCAAAGCAGAGCAUGAGAGCGGUUCAAGCUGCUGUCGAGGAGGAUCCAGAUUGAUGACUUGAUGGGAAUAACUGACGAUGUUUGAUGUUGGGAAGAAGCCUACAUUAAAGUUCCGUCUUUUCCAGAAUGCACUGACCUUGGCUGGGCUCUAGCAUUGUAGCGGCUCUCGAUGGGCGCUUAACCAGCCAGACCUGAUUCUCAAGCAAUUCGUGGACCCUGAAAUGCAAACUGGCAAUUCAUGAUAAUCUGACUGCUGGUGCGGCUGCUAGCCAUGCAACUGCCCUAUUG